UUCUGAUAUGCGCUUAUGGAAGUGGAAGGCGAGGAGCCUGAGGGCUCAAGAGAGUUCGACGAUGAGCCUGAUUGGAAUGACGUCGAUUUCAAGCCGUCCGACAUCUUGGUGGCGGCCCUGCGCACCGAAAAGGGCAUUGGUCUGCUGACGCUGCUGCCCGCCUAUGACCCGACCUUCUGUGGCUACAGCGCGGGGCGGUUUGGUGCAUCCGUGGACUUCCCCGUCCGCUCGCCCUCGUCGGGAAACUUCCCCUUUGGACCGAUCUCGCUGGCUCGGCGGGCAGACCCCGGUGGUGACGAUGAUGAUGAUGACGACAACGACGACCGGCAUGACGCCCUUGUCUGUGCCCUUUGGCACCAGACUCUUGAGUCACGGUCAGCGGUCUUCUCAACCGAUGAGAGCGGCAGUCUGAUCGGCAGAGAGGCCGUCAACAAGAUCGGCGGGUCAGAGGAGCCGCUGUGCAUGGUCGAGGUGAUUGCCGGCUCCAGUGGGUCAGCCGGCAUCAUGUGUCUGGCGUACCAACACGUUGGCAAUCGCCAGAAGGGCAUUCCCUACCUCACCAAGGGCAGGGUGGAUAUGGACACCGAUGGCUCGGCCUCCUUCCUUGUGGGACAUGUGGAGAGGAACAUCAAGUGCUGGCCACUGGUGAGUCGGCCCGGCCACACAGCUGCAUUGCAUGUAUGAGUGCAUGCAUGACACACACACAUGGGUGGACUUUCAGACUGUUCGCUGUUCGCUCGCUGGCUGGGCUGUGUGCGUUCAUUCAGGAGGAGGGGAAGGUUAGUACGAUGCGUGUUGUGGAUGCGGAAGACGCCCUGUGGCUGCUGGUCUUGAUGGGAGACUUCCAGAGGGGAACUCCGCAGGAGAGCAGGGCACAGAUGAGGGUGCUGCCGCUGCUGGGCGGCACCAACAUCACAAUCGAAACCACAUACGAUGUGGUCUUUGAGGAGGCGCUGCAGAUAACGUCCUUCGCAACCUACCACAAGGUCCGUGAGGAUCGGCCGAGAGAGACUGAAAUCGUCCAUGUGGGUUCGAUUCGCGAAUCAUGUCAUGUGUGUUUUGUUUCGUCAGGGCAGGGAGCGUCAGUACCUCUUUGUCGCCACCGGUGGAUUGCUGGCUGAGCAGCGGCUGCGCCGCUUUCGCUACGACGAGUCAGCCGAGCAGCCCCCUCAUUCUGAGCCACCACCAUCCAACCACCCGACAAAGCUUACCCGCAGUAUGCCGCCUCCCUAUGGACGCUUUGUGAGCGACCUCAACCAGCCGCUCUACCCACGCUGGGAGAGUCGGGCGUUGGGCAAGAGCCGCCCUGAGGGGAAGGAGAGCCUGCCAACGUGCAUGCAGACGGACGACAUGGUGGUUGUAGACACGGGGAGGGAGGAGACCUCCCAUUUGGUGCUGCCGGCGAGAAGGGACGCGACCCAGGCCAACAACUGCAUCAACGUCUACUCCCUCGAUCUGGUCCUGCUGCACCAGGUGCACAUCAAGGGCACACACACGCCAUUCGCACUCGGGUGAGUGGGUGAAGUAAGACAAAGGAUGUGCAUAAGGUCCCCUGUGUCAUGUGUGUGUGUGUGUGUGUGUGAUGUUCAGGGUGUUCCGUCGGGAGUCUCUGACUGACAACCUCUGGGACGCUCUCUCGACCAGCCCCCUACUCGACUCAUCUCUCGACGACGUCAUCCUGACCCAAGACGAGAUCGAGAAAGGGAGAGAAUCCCGCAGGAGGGGCGGCAGGAAGAACAGCAGACCACGGACUGAUGCUGGCGGCUCCUCCUCCUUCGGAGCGUCCGUUCCGCCCGCAUCUGAGCAUGAUGCGACGUCAUCAGCAGCAGCAGCAGCAGCAGAACCUCCUGCUGCUUCGGCCGCCGCCGCUGCUGCGGCCGCUCCUGCACCGUUGCCCAAGCGGAAGGGCAAGCGUGGCCUGCCACGAAAGAAUGCUGACGAGCCUGAGGCGGCGGAGUCGUCGAGAGGGGGAUCGUCGCCGUCGAGGGCGUCGAAGAAGCGGAGGGAUGCGGGCGAGAGGGUACGUUGGGAGGACUUGACGACACAGGACUUAUUGCUGUUCCUCACCCACCACCGGUGCCAGGAGCUGCACAAACUCGCCCCCCUCUUCGAAAAGGCACGUAGUAGUUAGUAACACAAUCCACUGCAUCUGUCUACACAUCCUCAUGUUGUCCCCCUGCCUGCCUGCCUGCCGGCCGGCCGGCCUUCUGAUGUGUCCAUUCAGGAGCGGGAGACGUUUGCCAAUGUGUACGAGGGGCUCCGCGAUCACGCAGUGCACUUCCGCACCUACUACGGCUGCCUUCUGUCGCUGGGCUGCAUCCUGUGCCUCUACUUCGAGCUCGAUUCCCUGCACGAGCGAGCUGUCAAGGAGGGCGGCAUCCUGCGUGCAGACAUUCACGAUCCGCCCGCCACGAGCGCCACAUCAGAGCAGCGGCUGCACACCAUGAAGCCCGACUCAGUCAACGCUGUGCUGUCACAAAACUUCCGCAAACGCGCCGAUGCAUUCCUGCACGUGGGUACUGGGGUGAUGGACAUUCGUGGCCAUGUGCGUCGUUGCCUGUGUUUACCUGGGUGUGUGGUCAGGAGGAGAUUUCUGGGUACGUGUUGGAGAAACUGCUGUGCAUUGGCAAGGCCAAGAGCAGCAUGCAGGAUUGGGUCAAGGAGACCAUGAAGGCGCUGCAGUCGCUCCCGGAGGGCAGCAGUAGUCGCGUCCAGUUGCUGAAUGAGUCUGACAGGCUGCAGAUACAGUCCAAGCUGGAGAAGGACUACAACAUCCAAGUGCGCAGGACGCGCGUGUGGGACUGACUGACUGGCUGAUGGGAGUCUCUGCAGAGUGACUGCUUAAG